UAUAAGAGGGCGCUGCGGAGGGGAUUGCAGCAGCCGCAGCUCCGCGCUGAGCCCCACCGCACAGAGCCCUCGGGAGAGCCCGAACCCCCCCGCCGCAGCAUGCGCGAGUGCAUCUCUGUCCAUGUCGGCCAGGCCGGCGUCCAGAUGGGCAACACCUGCUGGGAGCUGUACUGCCUGGAGCAUGGCAUCCAGCCUGAUGGGCAGAUGCCCAGUGACAAAACCAUUGGUGGAGGGGACGACUCCUUCACCACCUUCUUCUGUGAGACCGGGGCUGGGAAGCAUGUCCCACGGGCCAUCUUCGUAGAUCUGGAGCCCACUGUGAUCGAUGAAGUUCGGGGAGGAGUCUACCGCCAGCUCUUCCACCCUGAGCAGCUGAUCACUGGCAAGGAGGAUGCUGCCAACAACUAUGCCCGUGGGCACUACACCAUUGGCAAAGAGAUCAUCGACCAAGUGCUGGACAGGAUCCGGAAGCUGGCUGACCAGUGCACAGGACUCCAGGGCUUUCUUGUGUUUCACAGUUUUGGAGGAGGAACUGGCUCUGGAUUCACCUCCCUGUUGAUGGAGAGACUCUCUGUUGACUAUGGCAAGAAGUCCAAGCUCGAGUUCUCCAUCUACCCUGCACCACAGGUCUCCACUGCUGUAGUGGAGCCCUACAACUCUAUCCUCACCACCCACACCACCCUGGAGCAUUCAGACUGCUUUAUGGUGGAUAAUGAAGCCAUCUAUGACAUCUGUCGCAGGAACCUGGACAUCGAGCGCCCCACAUACACCAACUUGAGACUCAUCAGCCAGAUUGUCUCAUCCAUCACAGCAUCACUGAGGUUGAUUGGGGCCCUGAAUGUUGACCUGACCGAGUUCCAGACCAAUCUGGUGCCCUACCCUCGCAUCCAUUUCCCCCUGGCCACUUACGCCCCUGUCAUCGCAGAGAAGGCUUAUCAUGAGCAGCUGUCAGUGGCUGAGAUCACCAACUCCUGCUUUGAGCCAGCCAACCAGAUGGUGAAGUGUGACCCUCGCCAUGGCAAGUACAUGGCCUGCUGCCUGCUGUACCGUGGGGAUGUGGUGCCCAAGGAUGUCAAUGCUGCCAUCGCUACCAUCAAAACCAAGCGCAGCAUCCUUGUGGACUGGUGCCCCACGGGCUUCAAGGUGGGCAUCAACUACCAGCCACCCACAGUGGUACCAGGGGGGGACCUGGCCAAGGUGCAGCGUGCUGUCUGCAUGCUGAGCAACACCACAGCCAUCGCUGAGGCCUGGGCCCGCCUUGACCACAAAUUUGACCUGAUGUACGCCAAGCGAGCCUUCGUGCACUGGUACGUGGGUGAGGGCAUGGAGGAAGGGGAGUUCUCUGAGGCACGAGAAGACAUGGCUGCUCUGGAGAAGGAUUAUGAGGAAGUGGGCCUGGACUCCUACGAGGAUGAAGAGGAGGGCGAGGAGUAGAGAAGCCCUGGCCAAAGAGGACCGUGCUCCUUCCCCCGCAUUACCUGCAGGGACCCUCUGCAAUAAACCAUUUCAGAGCCUCAGUGUCUCCCAGUACCCGCCCCCCCCCCACCUGUGCUGUGUUGGUUUCUUGCCAGGUCAGGUGUGUGGUGAGUGCUUCAGCUCUGCUGCUGGUGCUGCUAUGCUUCCUCCCAGUGCUUUGUUCCAGCUUUCUCCCCAAAUAGGUAAGAGCCCCAUGGCACACAGCCCACCCCUCUUGCUGCUCUAUCCAGAGGUGGUUAUCUCUUCUUCAGGUGGUUUAUAGUCCCAUGGUAUAUGCCCCCACAUUGUACCCUGGAGCCCAGGGCAGCAGACUUAGCCCAAGCAGUGAAAGAUCUGCAGCUAUUGGGACUUCUCCCCAUGUGCAGGGUGAGGGUGGGUAGCCUCAUCUGGAAGGAGUGUGGUUGAAGGAGUAGGAGCAGCCUGGCACCCCUGUCCCUGUGGCCACAGCACAGGGCAAGGAGCAGGCCCAGCUCUGUGGUGCAGCAGGUGCACCCCACAAGGGCAUCCAGCAUGGCAUAAAACCCCUUUGCUGCUUUACUGCUGUGUUGUGGUGAGAGGAUUAAAGGAGGGGAAUGAUCCCUGUGAAACUG